AAGAGGAACCAAAAAACUUAUCAUCCCAGAAUUACCAAAAAGUCCUAGAAACUCAUAAUAUAGAUUCAAUCAAAGAAGUGGAAAUAUUCCAAACCCAAAUCAAAAGUUAUCCAUCUGAGGAGCCUGAAGAUAAGGAAAAAGAUUGGACAAAUUGUAAAGAGGAAGAAGUAAUUCCCACUAAAGAAGAACAAGAAAGACUAUAUCAGAAAGAAUUAUAA